AUGGCCUUCUCCUUUGGCACUCCGGGCUCUACCGGCGCUUCUGGCGGAAGCCUUUUUGGCACCGCUGGUACCAACCAGAAUGCCUCAAAUCCUGGCGCGGCUGCCGGAGGUGGUGCUCUUUUUGGAAAUCCUGGCACCACCCAGUCUCCUCUCUUCGGAGGUGCUGCCACCAGUAACACUCCCAGCAGCAGUCCAUUCACUUCUACACCUGCAACCUCCGCAACCACUACCGGCGGAGGCUUCUCUUUCGGUCAAGCACAGAACAAAACCGGCCAAACGACCAACUCUCUCUUCGGAGGUGGCGCUUCGACUCCCGCGAAGACAGACGCAGCUACACCUAGCGCAACUGCUGGUGGUAUGUUUGGAGGCGCUUCGUCCGGGACCGGUGCAUUUGGAGUCUCAACAACCCCCGGUCCUACCGGAGGCUCUUUGUUUGGAACUACUUCAACCACUCCUGCAGGUCCUCCCCCAGCGUCAAACACCCCUGCUCUUUUUGGAGGAUUGGCCACUGGUUCCUCGACAACGCCAUCUACGGCCCCAGCUCUCUCUGCUACUCCAGCUGCAACCCAGCCCCAGACUACCAACAGCCUCUUUGGCGCCGGUGCUAACACUACAUCGACAACCCCCAAGCCUACCUUUGGCGCAGCCCCUGCCGGUGGUAACGGCAUGUUCGGUGCUGCAAAGCCAGCUGAAUCUACAACUCCUGCGGUCUCUGCACCCAAUGCCGCGAAGCCUAGUGCGUUUGGACCUGCACCAGGCGCCCCUUCCUUGUUCAAUGGCAUCAUGCCCGGCGGUCCACCAAGUGGCGCAGCAAUGAAAUCACCAUUCCCAUCUCUUGGGGCUCCUUCCACCUCUGCCACUACAGCUUCUGCCACUACAGCUGCUUCCCAGCCUACAUUCCAGCUGGGAGCUCCUGCAACGUCAUCCUCUGCUACUACUUCAAGCUCUCUCUUCCCUGCUCUCGGCAGCACAUCAUCCUCUACUCCUCAGUCAUCCACACCCGCAGCAGCUCCCAGUGGUCUGUUCGCACCUAAAACAACUGCACCCGCCCCUUCAGGACUUGCGGCCACCAAUACUGCCCCGGCUACAACCUCUGCUACCCCAGCUGCUCCAUUAGGCGGGAUGUUCAAUAAGCCCGCUGCUCCAGCUUCCUCUACCCAGCCCGCUGCUCCUGCUGCGACCAGUGCAUUCGGAGACAAGACGACCACCGCUACAGCUGCUCCUUCUACCACUGCCACCGCUGGUACUCCUGCUGGAACUGCUGCUCCCUCUUCUCUUGGCCAGUCGACUGCAGGCCCGGCUCCCCCGGCUCAGUCUCGCUUGAAGAAUAAGACUAUGGACGAGAUUAUCACCCGCUGGGCAACUGAUUUGACCAAGUAUCAGAAGGAUUUCCGUGAGCAAGCGGAGAAGGUUGCUGAGUGGGAUCGGAUGCUAGUUGAGAAUGGAACCAAGGUUCAAAAGCUUUAUGGUAGCACUGUUGAUGCUGAGCGCGCUACUCAAGAGGUCGAGCGUCAGUUGGCUUCAGUGGAGGGUCAACAAGAUGAGCUUAGUUCAUGGCUCGAUCGUUAUGAACGCGAGGUGGAUGAGAUGGUAUCGAAGCAAGUGGGUCCUAACGAAUCCCUUCAGGGUCCGGACCAGGAGCGCGAGAGAACAUACAAACUCGCCGAGAAGCUUUCUGAGCACUUGGAUGAGAUGGGCAAGGAUCUCACCAGCAUGAUCGAGGAGGUGAACGGUGCUUCAGCAACCCUGACAAAGACCAACCGGGCAGACGAGCCAAUUUCCCAAAUUGUGCGCAUUCUCAACUCGCACCUUUCUCAGCUGCAAGUCAUCGACCAAGGCACCUCCGAGCUCCAGGGUAAGGUUGCGGCCGCUCAAAAGGCUGGCCAGUCUAUCUCCUCUCGCCUCGGUUACGGAUUUGCUAGCCCUGGCAUGGGCGGAGGUAAUGCCGCUGAUGACUUUUACCGCUCCUACAUGGGACGCCGCUAG